AAAUUAAUUUUUUGUUUUUAAGGAGAAAAAUGCAGAAUAUGCAAUACUCUGCUAUUGGAAUAAAGAUUACUGUAUGGAAGAUGUUAGCAAGUUUUCUUGAUAAGGCUCCAAAUCAUCCUGAUCCUGGGCGAUGUUGGGACAUUGUUGACAAAUACAAGGUGACCCUAUUCUACACUACCCCCACAUUGGUGCGGUCCCUCAAGCGUGAGGGUGAUGAGUAUGUUACUCGCUACUCUCGCAAGUCCCUACGGGUCCUUGGAAGUGUUGGUGAACCCAUUAAUCCAAGUGCAUGGAGGUGGUUUUAUAAUAUAGUUGGAGACUCUAGAUGUCCUAUAUCUGAUACAUGGUGGCAGACGGAAACUGGUGGCUUCAUGAUUACUCCACUACCUGGUGCCUGGCCACAAAAGCCUGGUUCAGCUACCUUUCCUUUCUUUGGAGUCCAGCCUGUCAUAGUGGAUGAAAAAGGGGUUGAGAUUGAGGGUGAGUGCAGUGGGUAUCUAUGUAUGAAAAGCUCAUGGCCUGGAGCAUUCCGAACUCUCUAUGGUUCCCAAUUCACGGCUCUUUGGAAUUAUUAUUAUUGUUAAUAUUUUUGCACUUUUCAAUAUUGAUUUUGAUUUGGUUUGAGAUCAAAUGUUGCAUGAUCGUUUGUUUACGUAGAAAACCCUUCAAAAUUUUGAGAUUCUGAUAGAUAAGUCUUGGAUUCUGAUUAUAAGUGAAAUUAAAGCUUCUUGUAAUCCCUUUUCUUGUUAUCUGUUUGGAAUUUUCACGAUUUAGUUAUGAUUGUUGGAAUUUCCUUCAUUUUAUUUUGUUGCUUAGAUCGAGAAUCAUUGUUGGUAUAUUCUGGUUUCUUUACCUCUAAUUGGGUCUAUGUGUUACUGCAUUCUAAGUUUUUGUAACUAUUUGAUUUGGGAUCAUUAAAAUUGGGACGCCUUG